AGCAUGAACUUGUUCGAACACGAGAUCGAUCAGGCUUUUUAAAAACAGGUCUAGUCGCGAAGGUCAACAUUAACUAUAUCACUUAAGGCUUAGCCAUAGGAAGUAUAGGAUAUUUGGAAGUCACUACUGUAAAAAUGAGUGUCUGUGUGUAUGGAAUUGAACCUAUGGAAUUUGCUUUUCCUGAUGAAGACUUAGCCAUAUCCAGUUCCAGUGACAUAGAUACAAAGUUUGAUGAAGCAGUAGGUCACAUUGAAGAUAUUAUAAUGGAAGAUGAAUUUCAGACUUUACAGAAUAAUUUUAUGGAAAAAUAUUACCUUGAAUUUGAGGACACAGAAGAAAACAAAUUCUGUUACACAGAUAUACACAGAGAAUAUAUAGAGCUUGUAGAAAAGUACCUAGAAGCAGAAUUAUCAAAAAGAAUUGAAAGUUUUUCCAUGGGAGAAUUCACCAAAACAAUCAUGGAACGAAAAAAUGAGCUGGAGGGAGAAAUCUUUGAAAUGCUGCUGACCUUUAGUGACUUUAUGGCUUUCAAGGAAAUGUUUCUGGAUUACAGAGCUGAGAAGGAGGGUCGCAAUGUAGAUCUGAGUAUGGGAAUCACAGUUACGUCAAUGCAUGGAGGUCCAGAGGAUGAUGAUGACCAUGAUAUGAACGAUCAUGAUAUGCACUUCGGUGGUGGAUUUUCAUUAACGGGACAUUCUUUUGGACAACAACACUGAUACUUAGAAUUUAGUAGUUUUCUUUUCAAAUUUACAGUUACAUUGCCAACAUGCAUUGUAUUUUUUUUUUUCAAAACACAAUUUUUUAAUCUCUACCUCCGUCCAAUAUUUUGUAAACUUUUGUUUAUUUUAUAUUUAAAAUGGAGCUGCAUUCUUUGGAUCACUGAUUUUAAAGGUUUAUUGUAUGUCAUUGUCUUAAAAGAUAUCCUCCUUGUUCCUUGGAUCCAUUUUCUGUUUUUGACAGGAUUUUUAAAGUGUACAUUCCAGAUAAGUUGGCGAGAAAAAUUACAUCAAUAUCUUCUAUGUUUACUUUGCACUCAGAAUGGACCUUUUCCCUGAAAUUUAUAGUUUUAAUGUGUUCAAAUAAAAAAAAAUUAGCAUGAAAAUAAUUGCACAUAAAGGUCCAUUCAAUUUAAUGGAGUAUCAACUUAAAGAUAAUGAACUUUAUUUCUUCUUUUCUCUACCUGAGGAACAUGUUUAUACAACUGUAUCCGUCCAUAUACAUGUGUUAACAUUUGCAGAAUAGUAGAGCUAAAAAUGGGGGCAUAAACAUCUUUUUAAAAAUACAAUUUUGUAGACUGUUUUACAUUCCUAUUCAAUACUUUCUUUGAUUUUCAAGAUGUAUGUGAAGUACCAGGUCCAUAUAAAAAUUGUGCUGUGAAAAUGGACUGCACUGUAUAUGUGCUUUGUUUUUGAGCCACCCUGUGGCAGUUGAUGCGCAAGAUUGGUGUUAUUGUUAAGAACAUGGAUGUUCUUGUUAUAAAGAUAGUAGCUUACAAGUGUAUUUGUAUAUUUGAGUCUAUAAAGCUCUGUUGUAUGUAAAUACUCUUUUGUCAUGAGCUGUAUAAAGUUUGUGAAAUCUCCAUGUUUCAAUCUCCAUGUUUCAUUGUAUUGUUACGUAUGCUGUAAUUUCCUACUGCACUACUAUUUUGUUAUCCAUGUACAUCACACAGUAGCUAACAGCCAGCUUUGUUGUCUCCUCUGUUUAUUCUAAUCAGUUUGUAUAACUGCUUGUGAAGUAAGAUUGCUUAGUGAAAGUAAGACAUUGUAGAGCAUGUAUAGUAUCACUGGAGUAUACUAUGUGGGAGAGAAAUGUUUUAACUGUACAUUAGAAGGAUGUGUGUAAUGAAUUGUGGGAGUGAUGCUUUGUUUUGUGUGAACACUGUUUAUUUCUAUGGAAAAAAUAUAUAUUAUUUAUUAUUGAAACUGUCUUGAUAUUAAAAAAUCAAAUCACAUAA